UUGAACAUUUCGAUGUCAAGCGCUACGUAUUUCUUUGAAAAAAAGUCAAUUAUUCAUCGUUUUUGAUUAAUUCUUCACUUUUCCAAUACGAUUACACUUUAUCUGACACGAGUGCGUUACAUUAAACAGUGCAAAAAUACUCCGAGCCCCAGAAAUUCCGCGAGAAACAUGUGACACGAAUACGAAAAAGGGCUUCCAGACCGUCAAUGUGACAGAAAUGUUUUCUGCCAUCACGACGAGCCACCGCCACCUCGGAGCCUCCACGACCGCGACGCGUGCUCAACGAGAAGCGAUAUAGGGUAAGAUCGUUAAAAAUGAGCGCGAGAUGGCCAGUCCGCCACCGAACCCUAGAGAAGGCGAGGAGGGCGGCUCCGACUUCGCGGAGGAGUCGGCCGGGGAACGCGCGCCCGCCCCGCAGAAGACGUUCGUAGCGCCGCCCGCGUCGCAGCUGCCCAGCAAGCUGCAGUACGUGGCGCUGGGUGCGCCGGGGCCCAGCGGCGGCAUCAAGCAGUGCUUCCGCACGGUCAAGGCGGCGCGCCGCGUGCCCACGCUGCCGCGCCGGCCCAAGGAGGGCGAGGGCUCGGACCCCGCGCCCGCCGAGCCCGAGCGCCGCGUGCGCCGCGACCGCGGCAAGCGGCACGUCUGCACCACCUGCGACAAACGCUUCUCCAGCCCCGGGAAACUUAGUCAGCAUGUACUGUCCCACACCGGCGAGCUACCCUUCUCCUGCGAGCUCUGUGAUAAGCGAUUCAACUCAAAAUUCAAACUCGUUCGCCAUAACUUGAUACACAGCGAGGCUCGUGCCUUUACCUGCAAUGUCUGUGGUAAAAGUUUCAAUCGGAAAGAUCAUCUCACCAACCAUGUUAGAGUCCAUAAUCCAGUUAAAAAGCUAUACACCUGUGAAAGGCCCGGCUGCAGAAAAUCUUACACAUCAUUACUGAGUUACCGUAAACAUGCUGCAUUACAUUCUGCCGAGGAAGGAAAUUUACAAUGUAAGAUUUGCGAUGAGACUUUUACCAACCGCCAAGACAUUGUCUACCACCUCAAAGUUCAUACAGGAAGUCGCACUGUUAAAAAUGAGACUGACAAGAAAUUUACUUGCAAUUUUUGCGAUCGAAGAUUCUUCACCGCUAAAGAUGUAAGGAGGCAUCUAGUUGUACAUACGGGUAGACGUGAUUUUUUAUGUCCUUACUGCCCACAGAAAUUUGGACGUAAAGAUCACUUGGUCAGGCAUGUCAAGAACGCUCAUCCAGAUGAGUCGUGGCGAUCAGCGGCAGUGGGUACCUCAAGGGAACCAGUACCAGAAGCAACGUCAUUUGAGGAAACAUAUACCGAAUUUAAUACAGAUUACGCCAUAUGGACAUCCCCCCCAGUCGUCAAUCCCACAUCGCCAUCAGAGAGUACGUCUGAGGGUCCCACGAGAGUGCCCUCGUCCGAUAUAAUUGUAGAAAUGCCAGCAGACCUCGAUAUAAAAAUAGAACCGUUAGAUAUAGAACUGGAAGACCCGUUAGAUAUAAAGAUGGAGCAGCCCGAAUCACCGCGAUGUGAACUCGUGCCUGUGGAUUACCCCGUGGUGUAUAUGGACUUGCCGUAUCUGAGUACGGAGCCGCUGACGGACGCGCAGUUGCUGCAUCCCGGGAGUCAUCACGUGGAGUCCCUGUUGAUGGAUCCGGGGGAGGGGCCUUCAGGGUUGUCGAGUCAGAUGCUUAGGGGUUUGUUAGAGGAGAGCGAGCCUGCGUACGCUGGGGACGAAGCGCGGCAGCAGCAGCGGCUGCCGGCAUUCACGCAGGCCUUCCAAACGGCGCAGAGCACAAAGCCGCCGCCACCGCCCCCUCCGCCGCACUAGCCUCGUGCCCCGAGCUUCCUGCAUUUAGCUUAUGUGAAUACCGAGCUACCUCACUAGGUAAGAUUGGUCUAAGCUGUAAAUAGUCUGGAGUGAACUAGUAUUCGAUUGUAAUGUUGGACUUGAUGACUUUGUCAUAUGUGAGGGGCGCACGCCCAGGAUUUAAAUUGCCAAAUUGUAUAUUUGUACGUUUCAGGUAUACCAAAAUGUUUCCGAAUUCUACAUGAAUUGUGAUCUAGUCGUGUAUGUACUUUCGGAAUUGUAUAUUGUUUAUUUAUAGCGUACACGUAUGACGUUUAUGGAGUUUAAAGGGACCAACAGUGCUUAGUUCAUGAUUGGACCACUCAGAUUUUGACUCGUGCGUGGGUUGAGUAGAGUGAGCAGAAUGGUAGAUAGUAUGCUCUUGAAAGCAGCCGACUGUACAAUAUGUUUUAGAGAAGCCGGUUGCUUUUGACGCGAAUGAUAAUACAACGGAGCAUACUCUUUGUCUAACAGUAAAGUGAAUAAUUCUGCUAGAUAUAACAUCAGAUCUGUCUGUUCAGAGUCUGAAGCUAGAUUGAAAUAGCUAAGUUGUAAGUGUUCUGAUCAGAGUUAGACUAUUGAACAUAGUAAUCUAGUUUUCGAUGGCGUUCUAUUUUUCAGAAUGUUAUUGAAGUCAUAAACUCAACAGAUGAGCUAGCAAUCAGAUGCAAUAAAGCGAAAUAAUAUACCUCAGAGGCACCUGUGUCUCCUUAGAAUAGUAAGACAGUUACACUUAUUGGAUCCGUUUCUGAUGGGCAAGUGGGCAGGUUGCUUGAUGGCUGUUACACCGUGUUUGCGGUGAAGAGCAGCCGAGUAGAGCAAUGAAAAAAGGUGACAGAGAGACGAGUGAAAUGGGGCGACACACUUUAAGCUGGGGGACAAACUGCAACAAAACAGCAGCUGUCGCCCUGACUUACCCCACUUUAUUUCAGUUCAACUUAUUUACUACACCAACCAUCCCACUCGGAUUGCUGAGCUUUGCUCUACUCUGCUCCUCAGCUAUGCACGCCGUACAUUAAUUCAAUACUUCUACAAGUUUUUCCACUGGCAGAGCAGAGAAGGAAUGCGCGUUUUGAGCAAUGUGAUUGGUCAAUUUUACACGUACUUUCUCUGCUCCGCUUUAAUGGAAAUGCAGCCUUACCAUUGCCUUGUUGAGAAAAUGUGCCAAAAAGAUCCGUAAAUCAUGAGUACUUCCAUGCAAGUUGAAUUGCUCAUUAGAUCAUCUAUUCAUAGCUUUUUCCUUUGACUGGUCAAUUGAAAACAUAAAUUCAAAAAAAUCUUAUUGGAACAAUGUCUUGGCAUUCUUUUUAGGAUAAUAAGCCAAAUUCUGUAAAUUUUAAUGAUGAUGUGAGUGUCAGAUAGUAGGCGGAAUAGUGAGAAUUUAAAAAAUGGUUGGAUGAAAUGGAAGGGUAAUUACAGCUGGAUUAUUAGGUGCCUUGCAUUUCUAGUGGCCAUUAGGAAUGUUUACUUCUAUUAUAGAUACUUGACAUACAGUUCUCUGGUACGAAAGUGUAUCCUGUUAACUGUAAAUUGAGUAUUUAAGCCAUUUGACUACGAGUUUCUUACCAUCAUAAAAUUACACUUAAUUUAGAAGUAAAAUUGCUGUGGUUACCAUCAGGAAGAAAAGCUCGUAAAUGCCAUUGAGACUGGUUUUGGGAAAUUUUCUUGGGCAUCGUCGUAUCCUUUUGUGCGUAACUUCAUCAAAAAGAACCUUGUGUUUACCAGUUUUGGGUUCAGUAAACUUCUGAAGAAUACUACUCUUAAGCAUUAGCGGUGGAAUCGCCGUAGUAAUCUCGCUUACUACAUAAAGUCAUAUAGGCUUGCGAAAAACGCCCCUCGCUCGUUUAGUUUCCGCUGAUAGCGACUAUUUUGUGGUCACCGCGCGACUAGACGCCUCCUGCAGCUUUAGCCGAAUGAUACUGGAUCAUAGCAGAAAUAAAAUGUAUGUACCUAACUGUAUAAGAUAUCGGACCUGCUAUUAAAUCACUCAGAUUUAAAAAAAAAUCUUUUGAUUUUUAAUGGGUUUUCUGGUGUCCAAUUGGAUGCAUCAUACAGGGGAUAGAACCACAAGGAAUGUAGCUUUCUCCUGAUUUCAACAAUAGGACGAAUUAGUAGAAACGAAUACCAACAGGAAACAACCUUACCUUACUGGCUUAUCUAUAACGAUCCAUAGAUAUUUCUUGCUUUUCUGUAUCAAUGUUUUUCGACAAGUUCUUUUACAAGAGCCGCAGUUAGUGGGGUUACCACUUGCAUCUGCUUAUUCUGUCAUUAUAUGUCACUGCAGCUGGCUGCGAAGGAUCUAUAAGUGGUUUUGGGACCUUAAGGCAGAGUACGGUCCUAUUAUGUCCCUAUAUUGCUACUGGAUGCUUAAAAGAGUUAGAAGGAUUUUUAAGAAGCCCUAUGGAAACCUCCUCGAUGGCAUUUACGAACAACCCAUAGUAUAUUUCGUUCCUGACACUAGUGCACACUGUAAUACGUAAAUAUUAGGUUUUAUUUGGUAAUAAUAUAAUGGUUUUUAAUACAUAAAUGAUAGUUACGAUCAAUGUUUGGCGUCUAGUAAUGGAGAAUCGCGAGGAAAGUACACGUAGAUGUGAGAUCCAAUGUUGUAAACGCUUCAUACAUAGAAUAUGUAAAUAAUUCUAAUCUUUUGUUAGGUUAAUAGGACUGUAAAAAAUUUUAUCUACCUCAAACGCAACUUAUUCUUACGGCUAGAAAUGUAAUACUACGUUAGAUUAGUGAGAAUGUUAGGUUCUUUUUUUCUAUUUGAGAGAAAUCACAGGAGAAGUAAACCAUGCCAGGUUUACAACAAUCUUUGUUGUGUUAUAACUUUUAAUGUUUGUGCUGAAGUAAAGAAAUCUUUAUUGAUAUACUAUAAAAAUAUGUAUGAUUUUGCUUAAUAUGUUCUUUUAAUACGCUCUUUUAGAGAUACAUUCAAAUGGGAUAAGUCGAUUAAUAGCUAUUCGCAAAAGAUCUGGGAUAUAAUAUUUACUGAAAGAAAAAAAUAAAAUUCAAAAAAAUAUUUUUUAUGCUAUCUUUUAAGGACCAUCGCUGCCACACACGUUAGAGGUCGGUUUUUGGCAUUGUACAUAUUUCAUUAAAGCAAAUAUCAGAAAAGAUUUCCGCAGUAUGUCCAUAGAAGUGCGCCAGCAGAGUUUUAGAAGUGAAUUAGAUUUUUUUCUGAUGUGUGCAUGGAUUUGGACAUAAUUGCCAAAUCACUCGUAAGGUUGUAGACUGAAAUUAUAAUCUUAAAACAUGUCAGAACUUCAGAGUCUGCUCAUUCAGUCUAUAUCCUUAGUCCGCUAGUCAUAUACAAUAGCAGCACAUAAUAAUUAUAUUCUCAAAUAGACAGUUAAACUGAGUGAUAUAUAAACCUGAUUUUACAAUAGUUUUUUUACACGAAGGUGCAAACCCGAUGAGUACAAAUACAGAUAUGAAUAAUAUAACACGUAUUUACUAUAAUAAACUAUAUUUCCUCAUUUUAGUAUUGAUACAGAAAUAUACAACGACAUAUGCAAUAUAUUUUUGUAAUAUUUUAGAUUGUAACUGUAUUUUUUAAUUGUUAACAUAUCAAAGACUAAUCCUUGUUUGAUAAGAAGGCAUGGAUGGCAAAUUUUUAAAUACAUAAUAUUAAUACAUAUUUUUGAUGCCAAGUAACCACAACCAAAAUACGAAAGUAAAUUAUAUUUCUCAGUACAUUGACUUGGUAUUCGCAGUUUUGAAACAUGAAUGUGUUAAAAUUGUUACAGUUGAUGACAUAAACCUUUGGAUUAAAAAUGUAUAAGGGGUGUAUGGGAUAGGUUCACACUUCCGAAUGUAAAACUAGUAAAAUAUGUAUCUAUAAAAAAUGGUAAUGGAUUUCCCAUAUUUAUUAAUUAUUUUGCUAAAUUAAUGACAUACAUAAUUUUAAAAUAUAAAAAUUAUUAAAUUACCCACAACAUUGUUUAUCAUUAUAGUCUUUAAAAGAAAAUACAUUAAAAUAUUCAUAAAAAAUAUAGUAGGUAAUGUUUUUUGUAUAAAAAACCCAAGUAAUUCAGACGCACAGCGUAGAUAGAGCAUAGGAAACUUAGAUUUUAAGUACAAGGGAAAAAUACCUAGUUAUUUUUAUAUUUUUUAUCAACCUCUCCUUUACGCCCUAUAUUUUUGACAAUUUUACACCAUCCAAAGGUUGUACAGUUGAAAUCAAUUUAUUCGUUGGCUUUUGGUAGUGAUUGUACACUCGUUUUUGUUACGUUUUGUCUUGAAUAUGUAAUAUUGAAGUUCAUACAUUUUGGUGUUUAUUCUGUUUAUUUAUUUAACAGUUAGUUAUCGAAUGUCAAUUGACAAUAAAUAUUGUAUCUGCUAUAUUAGAAACACAAAGUGUUCAUUUCCUUUUUUAUUGGGGACAUUAUUUAUGCAUAAUUAAAUUGUUAAUUUGUACACCCCAGUUUAAUAUUUAUAAGCUUAUAUUUUAUCAGGUAAAUGAGUGUGACUCAUGUUAUUUACCUUAAUUUUUGUAAUUACAAUAUGUUGUGUAAUACCAAAUAAUUUUACUUUUAUUUUGGCUUACUUUGUGUAAGUUUUCGAAUAUUUUUGUCUUUUUUUAUCAGCAACGAAAUUGCUAUGAGCAAGAAAGCAUGCAUUUUUGUGAAUUAUCUACAUUUAUUAUUAUUUCCCUAUAUUUUAUUUUUGGUUUGUUUCAUCCGUUUUGUUAUGUUAUAAAAAGUAAAAAAUUAAACAAUGUCAUUGUAUUUUAGACCUAAAUUCCAUAUUUUGUUAACUCUUUAACUGUUUUAUAGAAGAACAUUUUCUUUGGAAAACUUCAAAAUAUGGUAGCAAAAUUCACCCAGCAGCUAAGGGGUUAAAUUAAAAUAAUGUAUAUUUCUUACUCGUAGCAAAAAUGUGACUCUGAUCAAUAGAUAUACGUAAUUCUCGUACAUAACAUAGGGGCCUUAAAUAAUAAUAAAAAAAAAAAUAGAAUGUUUGAAUUAUAAUGGAAAAAAUAAAUAUUUUUAGAAAUGAUAUUUUAAUAGAAAUGAUCUAUUUUUGUUACGCUUUUUCAAUUAUGUCAUUUUUAUACUGGAUGUUAAUGUUUCAUUAAUCAGAAGUACCAUGUUCGCGUCGGAAUAGUUUUUCCACAUUAAAAACCCCUAUAAAAAGUGGGCGGAGUUUAGUUGAAAACUAUAAAAGGGUUAAUAGAAUCAAAAUUAACUUUUCCAAAAUUUAACUCGUUCAGACUAAGCACGAGUGCUUACGUCGCAUUUUAUUACUUCUUUUGUAAAUAUGAAUGUUAUAUUUUCAUUUAAAUUAAUAAAGUUGUGUGGCAAAGCUUAUUUCCGACUGCGAAUUGAAUAAUAACCGGGCCAGGAAGUAAAAAUGUCCCAUCGUAGAGUUAACUUGACCUAAUGUCACACUGGUCUUGAUAAUGACAAUUACGUCAUCGUUCAUGAAUGAUAUCAAAUGAAAUGUAACCGAAUUCACAAUUUUAUCGACGUUACCAUAUAAGGUCAUCUCUUUAGUCGAUGUGAGUGUGCUGUGCGUGCGAUUUUAUUAUUUCAGCGGUACUUUACCUGC